CGGCUUCCGCUGGCGCGUGGUUUCCGGAGCGGAUCGGAACCCGGAGCGCGGAUCCGAUCCGGGUCUGGCCAUUCCCGGGGCAGGUUUAAAAUAAUGGCUGAAGAUGGCAGUGAGGAGAUUAUGUUUAUUUGGUGCGAGGACUGUCGGCAGUACCAUGAUUCAGAGUGUCCUGAGCUGGGCCCAGUGGUGACAGUCAAAGACUCCUUUGUAUUGAGCAGGGCAAGAUCAUCUCUACCUUCUAAUUUGGAGAUAAGACAGCUGGAGGAUGGGAUUGAGGGAGUGUUUGCUCUGACUCAGCUGGUGAAACGUACCCAGUUUGGCCCCUUUGAGUGCAAGAGAGUUCUCAAGCUGGAGAAAGAAUCAGUUUUUCCCCUGAAGGUGUUCCAGAAGGAAGGGCCCCUGGUGUAUUUUGACACCACAAACGAAGAUGAUUGCAACUGGAUGAUGAUGGUGCGCCCGGCCACCGAGUAUGAGCACCAAAACUUGACAGCCUUCCAGCAUGACAAUGACAUUUACUUCACCACCUGCCAGGACAUCCCCCCAGGAACUGAGCUGAGAGUGUGGUAUGCAGCUUUUUACGCCAAAAAAAUGGAAAAGCCAGUGCUGAAGGAGGUCACGAGUGUUGCCAAUGAUACAUCCUUGGUAGCAAUGGAGUCUGAUAAGGAGGGGAAUAAUAAGGUCUCUUCAGAACCUUCAUCUGCUGUCUUACCCCAUAAAAAAACCAAGAAAUCCAGCAUACUAGCAGCUGAUCCAGCAGUGAACACUCCAGAAGGCAGUGGAACAGCAGAAGCAAAGCCCAACCAGUGGACGUGUAAAGUGUGUUCAUCUGCUUUCCAGGAGCCCCAGCUGCUGACAGAGCACUUGCUGAGUCACCUGGAACAAGCCAAAGGUGCCCCCCCAAGCAGCCAAAAUAAUGCUGAGAAAGCAGCAGAGGCUGUGCCAGCAGAUCAACCAGUGGCAAGUGAUGCAGCCAGUGCCAGCACAGACUCGAGGAGAAAGGCCAGGAGGGGGAGAAAAGCCAAAACAGCAAAAGUAGAAACACCUCUUGUCAUUGAUGAAGAGAAAGAUUCUGCAGUGGAACGUGCGGCUGACGCUGUCACUGAGGUCCCUCCAGAGGAGGUGGCCCUGCCUCCUGUUCCAGAGGAGAGGAUUAUGGAUCUGGUUUUAGGAAGGAUGCCCAGCACCACAAACAGCAUCAGCCCAGUGACAAAUAGGUUUGCUCAUCACCAAAACACCAUGUCCCUCAAAAGAAGUUUAAUUCUCUCCAGUAGACACGGGAUUCGGAGGAAGCUGAUAAAGCAGCUGGGGGAGCACAAGAGGGUCUAUCAGUGCAGCAUCUGCAGUAAGAUCUUCCAGAACAGCAGCAACCUCAGCAGGCACAUCCGUUCUCACGGUGACAAACUGUUUAAAUGUGACGAAUGUGCAAAGCUGUUCAGCAGGAAGGAGAGCUUGAAGCAGCACGUUUCAUACAAGCACAGCAGGAAUGAAGUGGACAGUGAGUACAGAUACAAGUGCACCACGUGUGAAAAGGCCUUUCGGAUAGAGAGUGCAUUGGAAUUCCACAACUGCAGGACAGAUGACAAGACAUUCCAGUGUGAGAUGUGUUUCAGAUUCUUCUCUACAAACAGCAACCUUUCAAAACACAAGAAGAAGCAUGGGGAUAAGAAGUUUGCAUGUGAGAUCUGCAAUAAGAUGUUUUACAGGAAGGAUGUCAUGCUGGAGCAUCAGAGGCGGCACCUGGAAGGGGUGAGGCGUGUGAAGAGAGAAGACUUUGAGCACAGCACGGAGAACAUGGUUCGCUACAAGAAGGAGCCCUCGGGCUGCCCCGUGUGUGGGAAGAUAUUUUCAUGUAGGAGCAACAUGAACAAACACCUUCUAACACAUGGAGACAAGAAAUACACCUGUGAGAUCUGUGGACGUAAAUUUUUCAGGGUGGAUGUGCUGAGAGAUCACAUUCAUGUCCAUUUUAAGGACAUAGCUCUAAUGGAUGAUCACCAGAGGGAAGAGUUCAUUGGUAAAAUUGGAAUCUCAUCAGAGGAAAAUGAUGACAACUCUGAUGAAAGUGCAGAUUCUGAGCCUCACAAGUAUAGCUGCAAAAGGUGCCAGCUGACCUUUGGCAGAGGGAAGGAGUACCUGAAGCACAUCAUGGACGUGCACAAGGAGAAGGGUUAUGGCUGCAGCAUCUGCAACCGGCACUUCGCCCUGAAGGCCACGUACCACGCGCACAUGGUCAUCCACAGGGAGAACCUGCCCGACCCCAACGUGCAGAAAUACAUCCAUCCAUGUGAAAUCUGUGGGAGGAUUUUUAACAGUAUAGGAAAUCUGGAAAGACAUAAGCUUAUACAUACAGGUGUAAAAAGUCAUGCUUGUGAGCAAUGUGGCAAAUCAUUUGCUAGAAAAGACAUGCUAAAAGAACAUAUGCGAGUCCAUGAUAAUAUCCGAGAAUACUUGUGUGCAGAGUGUGGCAAAGGAAUGAAGACAAAACAUGCCCUUCGUCACCACAUGAAGCUGCACAAAGGGAUUAAGGAAUACGAGUGCAAGGAAUGUCACCGAAAAUUUGCACAGAAAGUCAACAUGCUGAAGCAUUACAAGAGACACACAGGAAUCAAAGAUUUCAUGUGUGAGCUCUGUGGCAAGACGUUCAGCGAGAGAAACACAAUGGAGACUCACAAGCUGAUUCACACAGUAGGAAAACAGUGGACAUGUUCAGUGUGUGACAAGAAGUAUGUCACUGAUUACAUGCUGCAGAAGCACAUCCAGCUCACCCAUGACAAGGUGGAAGCCCAGAGCUGUCAGCUGUGUGGCACCAAGGUUUCUACCAGGGCGUCCAUGAGUCGACACAUGAGGCGUAAACACCCAGAGAUCCUUUCAGUGAGGAUUGAUGAUUUAGAGCCACUGCCAGAGACAACCACCAUUGAUGCCUCUUCAAUUGGGAUUGUUCAGCCGGAAUUAGCCUUGGAACAGAGUGAACUCCCAGAAGGGAAACAGAGUGAACUCCCAGAAGGGAAGCAGCACGCAAAGGUUCCUAAACAUGGCCAGGAACAAAAACAAAAGUCAGGUGAGGAGGAGGAAGCUCAAGUGCCUGAGGACCCUGCCUUCAGUGAAUACACAGAGAAGGAAGGUGAAUUCACAGGGAAUGUUGGAGAUGAGACCAAUUCAGCUGUACAGAGCAUCCAACAGGUGGUGGUGACCCUCAGCGACCCGAACGUCACAGCCCCCUCCAGCUCCGUGGGACUCACCAACAUCACCGUCACCCCCAUCACCACGGCAGCUGGCACCCACUUCACCAACCUGCAGCCCGUGGCCAUGGGCCACCUGGGCACCCCGGAGCGCCAGCUGCAGCUGGACAACUCCAUCCUGACCGUCACCUUCGACACGCUCAGCGGCUCGGCCGUGCUGCACAACCGCCACAGUGACAUUCAGCUCCUGCCCCAGCCCGAGGUGCCCAACCCUCAGUCCGUGGCCCAUUUCAUAAACCUGACCACCCUGGUGAACUCCAUUGCUCCCCUGGGCAGCCAGGGCACAGAACAGCACCCCCUGAGCUGGAGGUCAGUGCCCCAGACUGAUGUGCUGCAGCCCCCGGCGCCGGCCGCGCCGCCGCAGCCGGGCCAGCAGCCCGUCCAGACAGAGCAGCAGCAGCAGCAGAUGUACAGCUAUUAAUUUAUACUUGGGGAAGUGCUGGCACGGGCAGUACUCAGAGACACAGAAAAACACUAGGAUUGUUUGCUGGAUACCAAACAGAGAUGGGAAAAUGUUUAUAGGAUGAAAUUGAAGCUGGAAUUGGCAGAUCAACCUGCAGCACCCCGGUCGGAGAUUCUCACGCUGUCUCUAGACCUUGCACUGUCUUAAAAAAUAACAGAAAGGGGGAAAAAAAAUCUCACCACAAGUUCAGCAUCCCCUUGCAGUUGUGCAGUAAGAUUGAGGUUUGACAGGUGCAUCAUCACACACCUUAACCAAAGCAGGGAAAUAUCAAUUUUUGCAACACUUGAGAUGUACAAAAACCCUUUCAGCCAUACCAUGUCACUUCUUUCCAAGUCUGGAAAUGGCAUCUGAAGACCUUGUUCACAGUGGGUGGAAUGUCCUUGUGGGCAGCUGGUAGAGACUGAAAGUGAAGACACAAAGGGGCAAAACAGGAAUUGUCUUUGUUUCUUACCUUCUUUAGGUCUUGUAUCUAACAGCAUUGGUAAAGUAGGUGGAAUUUGGGGUUUUGGGGUGGGCAUGGUGUGGUGUGGAAGAAAAUAUUACCAAUUAUUUCCAUUUUAGUUAUGGGAAAAACCCUGUACCCAUCAGACAGUGUUAAUGCUACUUGAGCUACAGAGCUGGUCUAAUGCUGAAGCAAACUUUUAUAGUCUUCUAGUCCAGUUUCAAUCAAACCAAUUACAAAGUGAAAGAAGAAUGUGAUACAGUUUUAUGUAAUUUUUCAAACCUGCUCUUUUAAUCUUGCUUGUAGCUAAUAGGCCUGAAGAGCAAUCAGUCCCCUUUGAUGAAGUUCAGGAUGUGAAUUUUUUCAAUUGGACUUAUUUCAUCCUGUAAUAAACAUUUGGGAAAGCAUUCUUUUUAUAUAUAUGCAUAUAUAUAUAUACACACACAUAUAUAUAUAUGUAUAUAUAUAGCCUUUGUAUUUUACUGUGUGUUCCUGGUGAGUAUUUGUGUGAAAAACACUGUUACCAAUACAAUUCAUUAAUUCUUUCAUCCCCAUGUCGCUGCUUCUCACGGAAAAAACAUGGAUUCUGUUCCUUCUAUUCCCAAAAUUUAUUUCCAAAGUUCACAGCCACAAACAAGGUUGUGUGAAGUGCAAGAAAAAGGAAUGUCUGAAGCAUAUUCUGUGUCCUGCCACAUGGAGUCAGUGUGCCCCAGUGUAUAAUGGAUGAGGUUUGCAUGGCUGCUGGGGAUGCAAAUCCUGGGUUGGGUCAAACACAUCUGUGCUGACAGAACCCCUUCAUUUCAUUCUCCAUCCAUGGAUGUGCAGUCUGGACUUUUGCAUGUCAAGAAGAUAAUGUUAUUCCCACAAGGAAAAUGAGCUGGUAGCAAAAAGGAAUAAACUAAAUAUAUAUAUAUAUAGAGUAUGCAUAUAUAUAUAUAUAAAAAAUGUUGUUGCUUGAAGUCCUGAAGGGCAAACCCUGCUGUGGCUGAAGAACAAGGUCUUUUGGAGCAGCAGACUGAGCCACAGAACUGUGCUGAGGGUUUUUUUUUCCCUGAGGAUAAAGCAGCUGCUGUGUCUGACAGUGAGGAUGGAUUGAUGGUUGUAAAAAUCCUGUCUGUGCUUAUUGUAUUUAUGGAAAAAGUUCUAUGUUUUAGCAGAAAUAUGAGUAGGAACGACUUCAGCUUUGAAAGUCUCUAUUAACAUGGACUACUUGACCCCUAAAGGUUGCCUUACAAUCUCUACAACAAAUUCUCCCAAAGUAUAAAUGUCUGGAUAUUAAAAUUAACCUCCAGUGGUUUUCCUGGUGCCAUGGCUGUGUCCAGAGGCUUAGUGUGGAGACCCUGGGGGGCAUCCCCUGGUCUAAGGAGACACAAGAAUCUUCCCCCAGAAAUCUGUUAGACCCCAUUGGCUCCUUCCUUUAUUCCUGUGUCUGUUCCUCUGUUUCUGAGCCACUCCUUCCCUGUUCCCUGACUGGCCCUCACCUUUGUACUGCCCUGAGACCAGGCUCAGGCCCAGGCCCCUGUACAGAAAAAGCCAGACCCUCCGUGUGUGUGUGUGUCUGGGACCUGAUCAUCUCACCAUGCAGCUGAAUAAAACAUCUGUGGAUAUUCUGCAAAAGUCUUUUUUGCUUCCUUACCCUGGACUGUGCUAGCAGCAAUUCAGCCUGCUGCAGCUUGGUGUAAAGCUUUGUGUAAAGCUGCAGGACAGGGAUAGCAAAGGGGUUUCUGGUGACAAAUUUGUGUGUCAGAGGAGCAGAACUACUUUUAAUUAAAUGUCAACAGGUCUAUAAAAUACCUGUAUGGGAGGGAUCAGUGUUUGAUGGGACAAGGAUGCAUAUCAGAAAGAAAAGUUCCUUUUUGCCAUGUGGGAAAGAGAAUUUUUCAUUCCCUGCUCACUUCUGUCUUCCUUUGGUACUUUUCACACAAAUACUGUGAGAUCCUGUAAUAUUUUUAAAGCCUCCAAAUAUCCUGAGUACAGUUCCUGGAUUAUUUUACCACUGGCUGGAGCUAGUUCAGUUUCUCCUCAGCUGUCCUGCCCACAAAUGCUUCUGUUUCACUCCAAACCAGUGGGCAAGAGGAAGCCAGGUUUUAUUUAUAAAAUAUAUUGUUUAUGUACUUGGAACUUUUUUUUUCUCUGUGUUUGGUGCCUAAUUGGUAAAGGUACAUCAUCUUUUGUCAGAGUGGAAAAAGGGGAAAAAAAGGGAAGGAAAGCAAGUUCUGUGAUUCUGUGAAAUGGAGACCUCCUAGGUUGAGUUGUUGUGGUAAAUACAGAAUUUUUACACAAUCUAAGUUUUGUUGAGACACAUGUAAAUGGUGACUAGGCUUUUAAUAGGGGAGGAAGAGGUUUUUUUACCUUAGCAGAGUCCAUCUUCUCCAUGUUGGUACUCCUGACAGGGGCAUUUGUGCUGCAUUGAAUCAACCUGCCUCAUUUUAACACAGAAUUUCCCGUUUGACAAGAGUAGCACUCUGAGGAAAUCAACCUUUAGAGACCCCCCUGGCUUCACAAAAUCUCUUAUCCUAAUAUAAUCCCCUGGUUAUCUGUACUCUUGUGGGUUUGGCAUCCCUCCCAUGCUACCUGGCCUCAGUAACCUCAUCCAGGGAUGGGAUGGGAUCUGCCUUUCUGGCAGUGGUUUAGAAAUGUCCCUCUUCAAUCUCCCAGAAUCCCCAAAAUCAUAGAACAGCCCAGGCUGGAAGGCACCUCAAAAGAUGAUUGAUCUGCUCCAGCCUUUUUCUGGGGAAAGGGAGCAUUGGUGAGGUGAUAGAAUCAUGAAAUCAUCAUUAACCUGUCUAAUUGCAUCUUUUAAACCUCCAGUGAGACAACUCUGGGAAGGUUGUUCCAGUGCCUGAUUGUUCUUACUGUAAAAAUUACCUUAAAUAAUGUUCAGGAGAGGAAAAUAUAACCACUGGAAAGGCUUUGGUUAGGCCAGGCAGUAGAAAUUUCUCCAAAUAUCUUCCCAGAGCAUUCCUUUGAGACAGGAUUGUGAGUUUCUCCACAACCCUUGCUGUGGUGCCUCAUCAUCUCCCAGCAUGAUUUUAUUAUUACUCCUGUUAUUAACAUCCCUAUGAGAAAACAAAUGUAUCUUGGGUGUGCUGCACUAUGG